AUGUCGACGAAAAGAACAAUAAAGAUUUAGCCAAUCAAUAUUCCUGGUCAAGAUGCUCCCAUAAUCUUAGAUACAAUUGAUAGUGAUUUAUUUUAUUUAAAAGCUAAAAAAAAAGUAGCAGGUAAUUUAAUUUAUGUAUUUUUAGAGACUUUAAAGGGAUAUAAUCAAGAUGAGUUUGUAUUUUAUUCUAAAUUCAAAAAUAUAGUAGUUCAUGAAGAUGAUAGAGUAUCAAAGUAAGAAUUAUAUUUUAAGAAAUAGAUUAUUUUAGAAUAAUAAUUAGAAUGAAAUUGAGUUAUAUUUGACAUCUGAUUUAAUAAAGAAGGUUGUUUCAGGAGGACAAGGUGGAGGAUAAUUUUAUUAAGUAGCUUAAUAAGUAAUGGGACAGCAGUAGAAUAAGGAUAAUAAGUUAGAAAAUGAAAUAAGAGAAUUAAAAUCAGAAAAUUUUAAAAUAUAAAACAAUGCUAAAAUAGAAUAAAUUGAAUUAAAUGGUCAAAUUGCAGAAUUGUAAGAAUAAAUAGUAGAAUUAAAAAAUGAUUAAAAAUCUAUAAAAAAAUGGUAUGAUGAGAAAGUAAAAUAGGAAGAAGAGUAAAGAGCAGAAAUAAUAUAAAAAUAUAAAGAAAUGAUAAAUACUAAUAAUAAUUUGAAAAAUGAAAUGAUGUAAAAAGACAAUCAAAUUGAAGAAUUAUAAUAUCAAUUAAAAGCUGUAGAAGCAGAGAAAAAAUUCAAUGAAGAUUAAUAUAGAAGAGAGAAUGAAAUGGGAAGAUAGAAAUCUACAAUUGUAAAUGAUGGUUAAUUAACAGAAAUUAAACGUGAAUCUGAAAAUUUCAAAAGAUUAUAUUAAGAAGAAUAAUUUGAAAGAAAAAAAGAUAAAGAAAUGACAACUUAAUUUUAGAAGUAAUGUUAAGAUUUUAAAAAUAAAUUAUAGUAAAAGAGUGAAGAAUUAAAUCAAGCAAGAAGUAUUGCAGAAUAAGAAAUAGCAAAUUUAAAAGAAGAAAAAAAAACAUUAGAAGAAAAAUGUGAAUAAUAAAAAGAAACAAUAUCAUAAUUAAAAAAAGAGGUUACUGAUUAAAUUAAUAAAUAUAUGAAGAUUUAAAGAUAAUAAAGUGAAGCAGAAGCAGAGUUAAGUUUAUAAAUAAAAACUGUUAAUAAAUUAAAAGAAGAAGCAAAAGAAUAAUUAUAAGAAAUAGAAAGAAAAGAUUAAAUUAUAAGGGAUAUUAAAAAUACAAAGGAGGCAUAAUUAAAUAAGAUGAAUAAAUCAGAAGAAGAAAAAUAAGAUAGAAUUAAUUAGUUAGAAAAUGAUUUAAAAAAAACUAAAGAAGAAUUGAGAAGAACAAAAGAUAAUUUAUCAUUAGAAAUUUAAUAAAAAGCAGCUGAUAUUAUUAAAUUAUAAAAAGAAUUAUCAAAUUUAAAUGAAUAAAGUAAUCUUAAUAUGUAGAAAGCAAAUUAGGAAAUAUAAAAAUUAUUUAAUUAAUUAGAUAAAGAAAAAGAUAAAUUAAGAAUUGAAGAAAAUAAAAGAGUUUAAUUAGCCAAGAGAAUUAAAGAAAAUGCACUAAGAAAGGUAGGAGAUGGAAAAAUUAUUUCACCUACAGAAGCUGUUUUUAGAAAUAUGUCAAAUCCUUUUGAAUUUUCAAAGAAUGAGAAUAUAAUGACUAAUGAUUGGACUGCUCAAGUUGAAUUAAUAAAAGUGGAUACAAAUAAGGCAAUAGAGAGUUUAACAAAGUUAUAGGAACCUAAUAUAUCAUAAUUUGUAAAUAGAGAACCUCUUGGUAAUUGGUAAAUAAAAAGAAGUUUAGGAAUUGUAAUAUUAAUAUAAAUAUAUAUUCUAGAAUGGUGAUGGUACAAAAAGAAAAGGAUUUUUGAUGUAAGUAGUGAAUAGUGAUGGAGAUCGUUUUACAAAUUAAACUUUCUUAGUUAAAGAAUUGGUUGGAUUUGAGAGAAUAGUGACACUUGAAAAGGCUUUAUAUGUUGCUUAAAAUUUAUUAAUAGCAAAAGUUUUAGCUGAACAUUUCUAAGAAAAGAUUUAAAAGGCUGCUUCUGAAAAGCCUCCCUGCAAAUUUGCUUAUAAGGAACCCUUUUUAUUGUAAACAGAAGGAAGUAAUCAAAAUAUUAUUUAUUCCUUUUUUAGAUUAUUAUAUUGCAGAAAGAUUGAUAAAAGGAACAUUUACAAAAUUCAAUGGAGAAGGUGAUUCUAUGGAUAAGGAUCAAAAGGUUACAAGUUAUUUUAAUGCAUUUUCACUUUUCACAUAUUAUGCAACUCAAAAAAUGUUGAUGGUAUCAAAUAUUUAAGGUAAUUUUGAUGGUGCUGAAUUUAUAUUGUAUGAUCCAAUAGUUUCAUCACCUGAAGGCAUAAUGGGAGAUGAAGAUUUAGCAGAACCACAUAUAUUAUAAUUUUAGGAUAAUUAUAAAGAGAACCCUAAAACUUAUGGAAAGAAUUAUUUAACAAGUUUAGGGAUAAAAAUAUGAU